CGUCUUUAGCUGUCUUGGAGAUUUAUGUGUGCUUAUUUGGAAACUGCCUAAUUUUUUCAAAAUCAUUGAGCUGGGUUAUUUAAUGAAAGCAGUUUUAAUGUUGUAUUUUACAUUUGUGCUGCUCUUGUUUUUAUUCAAAAUACUAUGCAAACGAACUCUGCGUGAACAGUUGAUCCCCCAAACUAAGUGACAGUUCUUCGUAUGACUUUGCUUGAGCCAGUUGCCUUUACUUGCUCUCCAAGAGCAUGCGUGGUGUCUGCAUUACAAAGCAACAGGCUUGCCUGCCUACAUUCACAUGUCCUACCACAGUUGGCUUUCUUUGAACAAGAUGACUGGUAACAUGUUGAGUGUUGUUCCACGUCUUAGAAGAAUACAGCUGAUCUCUCCGCGCAUCCAGAUGAGUCGACUGAAGUUCACAACAACUAUCGGCAAUCAGCCACAAGAUGAAUGUAACAUGAAGCCCUUGAAGGGGAUCAAAGUCAUCGACCUCACAAGAGUAUUAGCUGGACCGUUUGCCACCAUGAUACUGGGUGACCUUGGGGCUGAAAUAAUCAAAGUGGAGAAACCUGGUGCAGGGGAUGACACCAGAGCUUGGGGACCUCCUUUUGUUGGACAGGAGAGUGCAUAUUUCAUUAGUGUCAACAGAAAUAAAAAGAGUAUGGCUGUCAAUCUGAAAGAUCCUCGAGGAGCAAGGAUUAUAACAGAGUUGGCAGAGGUCUGUGAUGUCCUCGUGGAGAACUACCUGCCCGGGAAGUUGAGUAAGAUGGGUCUCAGCUAUCAGGAUUUGGCGACAGUGGCACCCAGACUGAUCUACUGUUCAAUAUCAGGGUAUGGACAGACUGGACCUCAGUCGCACAAGCCAGGAUAUGACUCCAUUGCAUCUGCUAUAUCUGGCAUGAUGCAUAUUACAGGCCCUGAGAACGGUGACCCUGUGCGGCCAGGGGUGGCGAUGACUGACCUCGCCACAGGCCUCUACGCACACGGAGCCAUACUGGCAGCUUUACUGCAAAGACAGAAGACAGGCAAAGGUGUCCACAUUGACUGUAACCUGCUUUCCUCUCAGGUGGCUUGUCUAACACAUAUUGCUUCAAACUACCUGAAUACAAAGAAGGAGGCAAAACGCUGGGGCACUGCCCAUGAGAGCAUCGUGCCUUAUCAGGGCUUCAAAACCAGCGACGGAUUUCUUGUUGUUGCUGCUGGGAAUGAUCAACAGUUUGUCAAAGUCUGCAAGGUCCUUAGCCUUGACAACUUGGCGGAUGAUCCCAAAUAUAAGACCAACACAUUGAGAGUGCAACACCGUGAGGAGCUUCUGCAGGCUCUCUCCAAGAGGUUCUCAGAAGACACCACAGAUGAGUGGAUAAGGAGGUUUGAUGGGACCGGUGUCCCAGUUGGACCAAUCAAUAAUAUUCAGCAGGUGUUUUCAGACCCUCAGGUCAGUCACAAUGGACUCAUACUGGAGAUGGAGCACCCCACAUCAGGCACGAUCCAGGUACCAGGUCCAGCUGUUCGCUUCAGCAACUUUGAAUUUGACAGGCCAUUACCGCCUCCUGUUAUUGGUCAGCAUACUGUGCAGGUUCUUAGAGACACUCUGGGAUACAACGAUGAUGUCAUACAUGAGCUUUUGAAGCUGAAGACGAUUGAACAGCAUGAAGUUCAACUGUAGUGUCUGAAGUCUCCUGCAGUCAAAGACAGGAAGCCCUCAAGAACCACGAAGCCAUGGCUGGGAAAAUGUCACUACACCAUGAAAUGAUUUUUGAUAAUAAUAUGAUACUAGCAAUAUGAUCAUCCCAGGAGUUUGUGAGUGGGGCUUAGGAUAUUUUUUAUCCUGUGUUUUUGUAAAUAAUUUCCAGGGUAAUAAUCAUAGCACCAACCAUUCAUUUUGCAAUUACACAAUAUGGACCUAUACACCUGUUUGAAAUGUGAGAAAUACUGUAUUACCUCGUCUUACCGGUGUGUACAAACUCAUUUGAUAUUAACCACACUGAAUGUAUUGAAAAAUGUCAAUGUCAAGGUGUGUCAGUUUUGAUUUUCGAAAUUCAAAAUAGUGAAUUGUAGUCCAACCUACUUUUGAGAUCACAUCCCGCCAUAAGGCUCUCAUUACCAAGAUAUGUUUGCAAGCUUUCACACAUUCUAGAUUGAAUAUUUGACAUUUUCCUUUAAAAUAUUGAGUUAGAGUGUAGGGUAUGAGGAGAAUUUAGAAAACUCUUGAACCUUAUUCUCUUUUUUGAUCUUCUUUCCAAAGACAGAUUCCAUGCCACUUCUCAGCUGUAAUACUCACAGAAAUCCCUUUAUAUUAGUUAGAUUAGAUCAUUCAUAACACAUAUUACUUUUGCCAAUCAUGUAAAAAAAGAAAACUUUUCCCUAUACAGAUAUUAUUUAUUUCAUAUAGAGAAAUAGCUUUGUUUGUAUUGUGAAACCCCCCAAAACCCCUUUGCCCACUGAGAAUGUAAGAUAAGGUUUCCUUCCCCAUAAUUCAUGGUUCUCGAUAAAGUGCGAUUUAUCAAUUUUCAUUUGCCCUAAUUUUGUUAAAAUUAAAGGAGCCAUAUUAAUUAUAUUUUCUAUACUAUAUUUUCUAGAUCUGGACAUACUACAUAAUACCUACCUAUAUAUUUUAUUCCAACUGGGAUCCACUUAAACAUACUGUCUCUGACUUCUGUUCCUUGAGGAAAAACUCCCCCAGAGUUCUCCAAGCGGGGGAUGCCCUCUGCUCGUCAAUAAAUUGGGAAGUCUACUCAU